AUGAAUGUUGUGGCGAAUGAGGAAGCUGAAGAUUUGCCCAGAGUGUUUGAUUCUCUUGCUCGAAUAGCCGAAAAACGAGAUGUCAAAAACUUGUUGGCUGGCAUGUUUAGGAAGGUACGCCAGAUUCGGAGCCGGCAACCACUGCAAGGUAAAGGUUUUGAGCUAACUGAAAAUCGAGGUCUGGGACGCGUGAAAUUGUGGGAGAAAGAGGCGGUUUCGGAACAGGCAACGAAUGAAAAUGAAGCCAUCCAUCCACUUCUUCCACCGCCGCCGCCGCCGCAAAUGGCCACCAAACUUGGGUUCAGUAUAACAACCCCAAGAUUCUUCACUGUCCCAUUCAGAAAACCAAUCAUUUCUGUGUCUGCUUCUCCUUCUCUGCCUUCUCCUGCUUCAGGGGUUCAGUUGAUUCAUUUCAACGGUAGAAAGUUAUCCAUUAAACGCAGAUUGUUGAUUAUUUCUCCUCGGGCCUCUACUGAUCAGCAAGGUCAGGUUCAAGGAGAUGAGGUGGUCGACAGCAAUGUCUUGCCCUAUUGUAGCAUAGAUAAAAAACAGAAAAAGUCUCUCGGGGAGAUGGAACAAGAAUUUCUUCAAGCACUUCAGGCAUUCUACUAUGAAGGAAAAUCUAUCAUGUCAAAUGAGGAAUUUGAUAAUCUUAAGGAAGAACUCAUGUGGGAAGGGAGUAGUGUCGUUAUGCUAAGUGCAGACGAGCAGAGGUUUUUGGAAGCUUCAAUGGCUUAUGUAUCUGGGAAUCCAAUAAUGAAUGAUAAAGAGUAUGAUGAACUUAAACUAAAACUCAAGAUGGACGGGAGCGAAAUUGUGAUUGAGGGUCCUCGUUGCAGUCUUCGCAGUAGGAAGGUUUACAGUGACCUUUAUGUUGACUACCUCAAGAUGUUUCUCAUAAACGUCCCAGCUGCAGUUGUUGCAUUGGGAUUGUUUUUCUUCCUCGAUGAUUUGACUGGAUUUGAAAUCACCUAUUUAUUGGAGCUUCCCGAGCCCUUCAGUUUCAUUUUCACAUGGUUUGCAGCUUUGCCUUUCAUUCUAUGGUUAUCUUUCACCAUUACAAACACAAUCGUGAAAGAUUUCCUGAUCUUGUCGGGACCCUGUCCAAACUGUGGCACGGAGAAUAUUUCCUUCUUUGGGACCAUAUUGUCUAUAUCUAGUGGUGGUUCGACCAACAAUGUAAAAUGCUCAAAUUGCGGGACAGAGAUGGAAGUGAAGCAUGAGUUGAGGCAUAAUGGAUUCGGAUGCAAGAAGAACUGA